AAGACCAUACUACACCCCCUCGCCUUGUCCAAUAAUCGAACAUUCCACACUUCCCCAUCACUUAUGACGUUAUAUUGUGUUGCCUAGCUGCGUUUCGAACAACAAAGUUCCACUAGCUUAUUUGGCGAUAGUCACUGAUCACAAACUCGUGACAAUUGUACGCACAUAAUGUGGAAGUUUCUCAUUACGCUCACGAGCUGCUUCUGUAUGAAGCGCUCUAACAAGGUGUCCCCUGUAGUGGAGGGAGAUGUGGAGAAGGAACCAGCACCAGAAGAGGAGGAAAUGAACCGCGGGACCACCGAAUGUCCAGUGGUGACCGCACAGCCUCCAAUGUCGCAGCCAAGGUCAAGCAAGUCGUCGGCCGACGUCCUUGCUGAGCUUCGACAAGACGGCCUGUUGCCCCUCAACACCCGGGGCGAGUCCGUCGCUUUCCAGGUGCUAGUGAAGCCCGCCUCCGAACCCGACGCGCCCCCUCGCCGCCCAGUUCAGCUUGCGAAACUGGAGGAAACUCUCCAGGAGAGGCGCGAACGGGUCAAGAAGGAGUCCGCGGGAUCACGCACUAAACUGAGACAGCAACUCAGUGACGCCGCCAACAGACGUGACGAGAUGUUACAGAAUAGAUCACGAAAACUUGCAGAGAGCUCUAGGAGAGCAAAGGCCAAAGCAAGGGCAGCCAAAAAGGAGGGCAAGAGCACUGCCUUUGUUAUUUCCUCUGUCAGCGACACGGACGCCAUCGUUCCCCGGGACUCGGAGAAGGCGCAGGCUUUGGAGAAACGUCUUAGCAAGAGGAGAAAACGCGUCGCGAAAAGGAUCACAGCGGAAGACAUGAAGAAACAGCAGGAGUUAGCAGCUGAACGCAGGAGGGAGAACAGGAAAGAGACAGCAUGGAAGGCCAAAAUGUCGGGGAUGAGCAGCUGGGAUAAGGCUCUCGACUUUUAAUCAUUUUUAGAGGUGCGUAGAAAUAGAUGCUGUAUUAAGACAAUUCUACUUGUUGGGUUUUGAAAUCUAUAUGCAAGAAAUUGUAAAGUAUAUGUUUUAAACACAUGUAUGUUAUUUGUACGUUAUCUAUUGUUAAGUUGUACAAAGCUUAAGUUAAUGCAGACCGGUUGUCUUGUCGCCAAAUAGGUUGACACAUUCUUUCAAAAGUGACACCUAAAUGUUCUGAGGUACUUGUUACUUUGAAUGUUUUAAAAGUGGUUUACAGAUAGA